GGGAAAGAUACGAUAUGUCCCUUGCAUUCACAUUUCCUUUGCUUUUGGUCUAGGGUUUUCAUAGAUCAAUCGGAGAAGAGCUUCUACUCUCACUCCUUGAAACUCUACACCAACACGAGCUAGACAACCAGAGAUAAUCCGGAACACGACCUGCCAGAAGUCGCCUUCCCAUCAGACUGUUCUUUUCUUGGUUCUGGUUAUUUUAUUGGCCAAUGGCAGAUGCAGAAAAUGCCGUUCCACUUUCAAAGAAAAGGGUUGCCGGAAGGCAAUUAUCCCGUGAUAACCCGGGUCUUGAUGAUGAGGAAGAGGGUUCUGAACAAGAGACUGGAACUUUCAAGAGAGCAAGUGAUGACGUGCUGGCAGGUAGAAAAAUAGUCAAAGUUCGUCGCCAUCAGACAUCAUCGACCCCAUCAGCCCCUUCUUCUAAUCCUUUUGCAGGCAUCUGCCUGGUCCUUCCUACUGCUGCCAGUGCCACUCCAGCUGAAGUCACUGCCGAAGCAGGAGAAACAGUUUCAGAUGAGGGAGUAGAAGGGAAGAAUGAUGUGAAUAAGGAAAUUGAGAAAGAAAAAGAGGAGAAUGAUAAGGAAUCUGACAAGAAGGUGGACGUGGUGGUGGCUGAAUCCACUGCAGAUGAAAAGAAGACUCAGGUGGUUGACGAGGCAAACAAAGCUGAGAUAGCUGAUGAGAAGGCGGCAGAGGUCAACGAAACUGAGAACAGAAAGGAGGAGGAGCGUACAGAUAGCCCAAGAACUGAGAGUGAAGAUAAGAAAGAUGCGAGUGAAGAAAAUGUAGAAAAGAGUGGUGAAACUGCAUCUUUUAGCUCAUUUCAUCAGCUGUCUAGUGGUCAAAAUGCAUUUACUGGACUUGCUGGAACUGGGUUUUCCAGUUCUAUAUUUUCAUUUGGGUCAAUUCCGAAAGAUGGAUCUCCACUAGGUUCUAGUUCUGGUUCUCUUUUUGGACUUAAAAGUGAUCCGCCCUCUUUUGGUUUUGGUCUUUCUAGCAAUGGAAAUUCUUCUGUGUUUGGCAACACUGUGACAUCCACUGCCAGUAAGAAUGAGGGAAGGUCCAUGCAGGAGGUUUUUGUUGAGACGGGGGAAGAGAAUGAGAAAGCUGUCUUCACGGCUGAUUCUGUGCUGUUUGAGUUUCUUGAUGGAGGUUGGAAGGAACGAGGAAAGGGAGAACUCAAAGUCAAUGUUCCUACAAUUGGGACUGGAAAAGCUAGACUUGUUAUGAGAGCCAGGGGAAAUUAUCGGUUGAUUUUAAACGCCAGUCUUUAUCCAGACAUGAAGCUGACAAAUAUGGAUAAGAAAGGCAUCACUUUUGCCUGUGUGAAUAGUAUUGGUGAAGGGAAGGAUGGUCUUUCUACAUUUGCUUUGAAGUUUAAGGAUGUUGUGAUAGUUGAAGAGUUUCGUGAGGCUGUUGAAGAACAUAAGGCUAAGGUGACACAUGUUGCUCUGAAGACUCCAGAAAAUUCUCCAAAGGCAUCAGAUGAUUAGAUAUUGCUACGGAUCAAUUUGCAGAGAAUCAUUUAUACUCAUCAGGAUGUGACCUGUGAUAGCUUGCCCUUUCCACCUCUUAUGAGGAUUGAGGAAGAAGGAAAAGCAGUUUAGUUAGUUACUUGUAAGCCUCUGUAGUAGAGCUAGACUCAUAUCCAUUUUGUUGUUGUUUACUUCAGUAGGCUUUGACAGUAUUUCUGUUCCUUCUGGUAAACACUGGUUCAGAAUGCAUAACAUUACGUUUAUGGAGAGUUGGAAUGCAAACAAAGUUUUACCGUUGUCCAUUGAUUUGGUUUAUGCAUCAGAUGACAAUGUUUCAGGUUGAAUAUGAUAGGCAUGUAACCUGUUCUGCCAAAAACUUACUGUUAUG